CCGGGGAGCCCGUUCACGAUCCAGUCAUCCUCGCCCCGCACCUCCUCCGGAACAAGCAUCCUCCCCAUCUCGAACGCGAGGAUGCACUCCCCCUUACCCUCCAGCCUUCACACCCCGCCCGCCGCACCCCCCACUCCCCCACCAGGCAGCACCCCUCUGGCUCUUCUCAGCCCUUGGACUCGUCCUCCAGGACACUGGAACGGCCUCGCCACGUCGAUGACCUUCUGCACCAUCCGCAACACCACCAGUCGGCAUCCCACUUACCCAGUCCAGCCGAGUUUCCCUCUGCCACUCACAUGUAUACCUCCCCACCUCCAGCUUCGCGCCCAGUCAAGCCACGCUCGUAUAUUGGUCUUGAGGCCCUGGUUCAUGCUGCAUCCGAAGAGCGCAGGCGGAUUUCUGGUAGCACGCAUGACUCGGCCAGUGAUCGUGGCAGCCCUGUGGCUGACCGUGCUCUACCUCAUAGAAGUCACCAUGAGCAUUAUCAAGCUUCCACACUCAGUCCGGGUGCUACUUCAUACCCUCCUUUUCCUCAUCGGGUCGAGCAUCCUCGCGUUCAAGAUGUUGAAGAGCGACCGCACAAAAGACUUCGCCCUUCUCAGUCGCCUGACACAUCUUCUAGGCAAGACUAUUAUACCGCCUCGCAGUUCCACCAUGACCCUUCAGGCACGUUCACGCAUUCACCUUCCGCCCUCGUAAAUGACCCUAGGGCUGUUCCUGACCGAUUGCUGGCAACACAAGCGCAUACUCAUGGGAAGCUUUCGGUAGGAUUGACCUCUGUCUCUCACCAUACCUCCAGCAUCAUGAAUCAUCAGUCUCCCAUCAUUCAAAGCCCGUACUCGCCUGAGCGUCGCGCUUUGCUGGAUAGUCGUACUUCACCAUUUCAAGCGCCACCUGUCCAUACUUCAUCUUUUCCUGAGUCUCCGGGACAGUAUACGAUGUACCAAUCGACCAUGCGUAAUACUCCUCCCAACCGCUCUCCUGUGCAUGUCCGACCGCUCUCCAUAGAAAGGUCGAUACAUGGCUACACCAGUCCAUUUUCACCUCAUGACGUUCGCGCGCCUUCCCAUCCUGCCUCUCCUACAACUCCCUCAGUAUUUUCACAAGACAUGUCGCGGCCUCCCAUUUCGCAGGAUACAUCAUCUUCUCAAUUACGUCCAUCUUCCAACUUACGUGCUUCGCACUCUCCCAUUGUCCAACGGCCUUCUUCCGCAGAGAAGUCGGAAAAACCACGAUCCCUCGGCAGCCAGCCUUCGUCGUACCGGCGGUCGUCACUCGCUGGUAUCUUACAGCCCCCUGUUUCCCCUCCGACCCGGUUGACCCCAUCCACGUCCUCGCCUCAUGGUGCUGACGAUGCUAUUCAUGAUAUUCAUCGUGAGACUUCAUUAUCCGCUGUCAGACAGUUGCCACCCCUAGGUCAGAAUAUGAAGGCAAUGGAGUCGAACAGGGACACAGCUUAUUCGCAAUAUGACGAUGUCAUCUCGUCUGUUGCAAUUGGGCGUCCGCCCAGUCGACAUGAGUUGGAAUUUCUUGUACGAGAGCCUCCUCAUUCACUUGCUACUGCAGACCGCACUCCAUCUUCGUUUGAUCAACCCAUGCCAGAAUCCCCGAAGCCCUUGUCUGCUGACACCUCAGGGAUGCUUAGGGAGACUCUAGAUCACCAAUUAAAUUUCGAGGUCCCUGGUCCUCAUCAGUCAUCAGGGGUCGCUGAAAGAAGAGGGCACCCGUGGGAUGUUACACAUCAAACAGUCUCUGGUCACCACUCACAAAUAGACGAAACUUCUAGUGGUCGCUUGAAUCAUUCUCAGCCCGACCAGUUACCCCAUCUCGCGCUUACUCAAGUCGCCGCGACCCAUGGCACCGGACUCAACAUCCAACGUGACGUCGUCGGCCACGAACGGCUCAAGCCAAAGUCCCCAGAAUUUUCGAAGCGAACUGAGAACGAAGUCGAUGCCCACGAGUGGCUCCUAUCCCAUUAUGCCGAUGGAACAUCCACGCCCGACCGUCACCCCAAUCGUCCCACUGUCCCAGAGCACCCACAGCGACGUUCACCUUCGAACGGGUCGCAAGCUGCUAGCCGAGGGCUGGGCAAUGCAAGACACGGAAAACAGAACAGGCUUCCUGCAACGCCAGUUACCACAGAAGCCGUUGAUGUCCUCGAGCAGGAGCUGGAAAUUGCCGCAGAUGCAACGAUCCCUCGCCGCAAGCUUUCACCGGACCUUUCGAAGGAGCACGGCUCUCAGGCUUUUCAUGCCUCUCAUGCACAUGGCCAAGCGGCUCGCAUGAAAAAGAGCAAUUUGGGUCUCGCCGAUGCCGAUGUGGAGGAUGAGCUUCUAAGUCUCGUGGAUGACACUCCACUCGAACGUCGCAGACUAAGCAAGAGCAAGGUGCCAGAGCUUCUCUCUGGGGAUACUCAAACCGCUCCUGGAGGCGACGUCGCAACUCCGAGCGUGGCACCACCCUCGCCUGAUCCUUCCUUCCUUCGUAUCACCACACCUCCGAUAGAAUUUGCGAACAAAGAGCCGAAUAUACAAUCUAUGCCGCCAACGAAAGUGAAGAGAACGGGUGAGAAGAGUACUGGUACUAAGAAAAGGAAAGAAACCAACGCCAAGGUCUCACUCAAGCAGAAGGCGCCUCCAAAGUCCCGUCCUAAACCAAGCGGCAAAGGGAGAGUGAAAUCUGCGCCAGAUACAGCAUCGGCGAAGGACUCGAUCAAGCCUACAUUAGUAGCUCAACUAUCAUCACGAUCCCGUUCCGUGUCUAUGAUGCCUGGUGAGCUCCCUGAUGAAAAUGGGGAAGCCGCCCAAGAUGACCCGGACGAGGACAAGUUAUACUGCAUAUGCAAGACACAUUAUGAUGAGGAUCGUGUUAUGAUCGCGUGUGAUAGAUGCGACGAGUGGUAUCAUACGCAGUGCGUCAAGAUGCCUGACCUAGAGGUUGACCUUGUCGACCAGUUCAUUUGUCCUAUUUGCAUUGACAAGUACCCAGAUCUUCAUCUGCGUACGACGUAUAAACGUCGUUGUCAGAAUGGUCUUCAACAUCCUGAUCCAUCCUCACCCGAUGCUUGCCACAAACCUUCACGCGGCGCAUUCUCCAAAUAUUGCUCUGAUGACUGUGGCGUUGAGUGCAUGCAGGCACGCAUGGCAGAAUUGGACAAGACAGGUAGCAGGCUGGAGACGUUCUGGGAGACGGUCAAGAAUGCCGAAAAACGCGAAGGCGUCGUCGUUUGCGCGUUCGAUCGCAAUUGUCAACAACCUUCUGUGAAGAUGGAGGUCGACGACGACCAAAAGCAGCCCAUCGUCCUAGUCCCUCCACGUCAACGGCGUGUUGAACGUAAAGUUGCAAAGCUGAAUCAGCGGUUAACAGCAGUCGUCCGUGAACGUGAUGCAAUAAAGCAAGCCAUGGAUGUCAUCCUUUGGAGAGAGAACAUCGUUGAGCUAGCAAGCUCGCGCGCGGAUCGUGUUGAUCAGUGCGGUUGGGACCAGAGGCUUUGCUUUGGAGAGGAAGAGUGGGAAGACUUCGGCGCAGAGGUGUUGGAGAGUUAUGAGGAAAGGGAUCAUAGCGGAGAACAUGAGACCCAGGUAGAUUCAGGCUCAUCCAGCCAUGGCGAAUGGUGGUGCACGGGCAGGAAGAAAUGUGAUAGGCAUUCCGGAUGGCAAAAGCUUCGUGCGGGGGAAGUUGCUUUCGACAAGGAGACCAAAGAAAGCGCCCUCUCGAACCUGACGACUCGCGAACGGGAGAUUCGCAAAGCCAUUGAAGACAUCCUAGACCCACAAGCUAGAAAGAUUGACCAGUCGGUGCUCACCAAGCCCUCACACAGUACCAUGAACUUGCACGCCGAUGGCGACACACAAGUCAAGGGCAAGAAGAAGAAGACCUAACUUAGCUGAACGUACUGCUGCUUGUGACAGCGUAUGCUUAUAAUACUGUAGCACGCCUUACCGAAGUAAUGGUUUUUAAUCGCAUUUUACCUGA